CGCUUUCAAUUGGAGCACUCAAUGGUUUAAAAGGCACGCGAUCAGUCUAUUUCUAAUCAGCGUUGGUUCAGCAGCGAAAAAAGAAACAGCAGUUCUAAAGAAGGUGCCCUUUACAGCAAACUUUUUACCUGGAAGUAUCUUCAUUCAAACAACCAUGAAGGCAGCUAUUGUUCUAACUUGCCUCUUCGCCGCAGCAUUAGCUGCUCCCCAAUAUCAACGGGCACAGGUUAAAUCAGUUGACAACUAUGAACUUCAAGAGAUUCAAAAGCAAUGGGAACGCUUUCUCGAGUACCUUCCAUGGCUGAGAGGACCUGCUGGACCUCAAGGACCUCAAGGACCAGCUGGAGCUCCCGGAGCAGCUAGCUACGGCGAUGCUAAAUACGUCGCUGGACCUCCUGGCCCACCUGCCCACGGAGGUUAUGCUGGACCUCAAGGUGAAAAAGGAAAUACUGGUGCCCCGGGAGCCAAUGGCGCUCCUGGAGCUCAAGGAAAACCUGGUGCUGAUGGAGCCCCAGGAGCUCAAGGAUUGCCAGGUGCCCGUGGUGAUAAUGGUUCUCCAGGAGCUCCAGGUGCUCCAGGCUACCCCGGAGCUAAGGGAGAAGCUGGAUUCAACGGAGCCCCAGGCCUUAACGGAGCCCCUGGAGCCCCUGGCAAAGACGGAUACAAUGGAGCGCCUGGCCCUGCUGGACCUAAAGGAGAAACUGGUGCACCUGGUGUCACUGUCCAAUCCAAGAUCGCUGGACCCGCUGGCGCACCUGGAUACCCUGGUAAAGAUGGAGCUCCUGGUGCCCCCGGUGGACCUGGAUCUGUUGGACCUGCUGGACCCCGUGGACCUCAAGGACCUGCUGGCAAAGAUGGUGCUCCUGGUUAUCCUGGUGGACCUGGCCCUAAGGGAGAGCCUGGAAAUCCUGGCUACAACGGAGCCCCAGGCAAAGACGGACUGAACGGUGCCCCUGGUAGCAAUGGCCCUGUUGGACCUCGAGGACCCGCUGGUCCACCAGGUUACAACGGCGCUCCUGGAAAAGACGGUGCCAAUGGCUUGCCCGGUGCCUCAGGCAAAGAAGGACUUAAUGGCGCUCCAGGUGCUCCAGGCCCUCAAGGAGAACAAGGUAAACCAGGUAAGGAUGGAUAUCCAGGCGGCCCUGGUGCUUCCGGAGCACCUGGAGGUCCUGGACCUCAAGGCCCUCAAGGCAAACAAGGACCUGCUGGAUACCCUGGCGGCCCUGGACCAGUAGGACCAGUUGGCCCUGUUGGCCCUGCUGGACCAGAAGGUAAACCUGGCCCUGCUGGCUACCCUGGAGGAACUGGCCCUGUUGGCCCCGUUGGCCCAGUUGGCCCAGUUGGACCAGUAGGUAAACCCGGCGAUAAUGGAGCUCCUGGACCUGUUGGACCCGUUGGUCGCCCUGGAGCCCCCGGACAUGUAGUCCCAUACAACGCCCCAGUCUACAAACAACCCUACUACUAAACGGCAAGUUUUAGCUACCCAGAGCUGACGUGCCACCGAAACCAGCUUUAAUGCCCGAGAUCUGUUCGGCAGAUUCAUUGACGAAAGAUUCAUCAACACAUACACAUAUAUAUUUUUUAAAUUUUAUUUACUGCAAAGUGCUUGUGUAAAUUGAACAAAGAAAACUUUGCGAGCCUUUGCAAAUAUAAAGAACCAUAUUUCAUUUGA